GCCAGUGUACCUGCCAGGAGCAGGUGCCGCGGACGCAAGCACACGCAUAAGAAAGACGCCAUGUGUGAGAGGCAGCGAGCUGAUAGUGGGGACACUGCCAGCUGCAGCACGGACACCUCUAGAUGGUCCAUUCCCUCCAGACAAGAAAAAUGGCCAUCCCUCGAGUCUCCAGGAUCGCAGAAAUCUGGAUUUAAAAAAGAUCAAGCCAGAAGGGGCAACAUGCAGAAGUUAAAUCAUCAUAAACUGAAGUUGUCUCAAGUUAAGACCAUGCAUGUUUCAAAGCCAAGGGUCCAGUCUGCCAGCAUGCACUUAAUCAGAGCGCUUAGGAGUGAGGUGUGGGAUCUGCAGCAGCAGCUGAGUGAAGCCAUGAGUGAGAACAAGCUGCUAAAGCAAGUUCAACAUCGCCACACGAUGGCUCUGCAGCACUUCCAGUACUCAGAGGGCAGCAUUGGACAGAUUUUAGCCAAACACAACAGUGAGACCAGGGCCCAUCAGAAGUUGCUCCGUGAAACCCGAAUUUGUCGUGACAGCCUAAUUAAACAGCUACAGGCCACAGAAAACAAGCUGUUUAACACGAAGGCCGCUCUCCAGCACCUGCAGCAACUCAGCCAGGACCAGAACCUCCUGGAGAGGGAGGAGCUCACCCUGAGGCUGGCCAAGGCCACUGCAGGGCUGGAGGACAAGGACAGGAGGAUACAGGACAUGGAGAGGAAUCUAGAGUUGUGUCAAGCCUCGUUCAAACGGCAAAUAGUCACUGAACAAAGGAAAGUCAAAGAGGCGAGAAACAUGUCUUUUUAUCUACAAGACCAUGUCCAUCAGCUCACCACAGAAAGCAAGGAGAGGGAAAAAGAAAUGGACAAACAUAAAAUUUACUCCCACAGAUUCCUUAAAGGAUCGAGCAACAAAGGUAUAAAAGGAAGAAAAAACAAGAUGGUUCAGACAGAUGAACUGGUAAAUAUUGCAACAAAUACGUCAAGUCUGCAGGAGACUGAAAGUGAAGAUAUGGUUCACCAACAAGGGAACUGGCCUUGUAACAAUCAAAAGCAGGAGUCCUUGGGUACAGAAAAUCCAGAGAAAAAGGUUUCUUCCAGAAAGAUGAAACUCAAAGAGGAUACUGAGAUGUGUUCAGGUCCCUCAGUGCUUAUCAAGAAAUACACAAGUAAGAAUAAUUAUUUAGAAGAGAGCCUAGAAAGGACCCCAAAACACCAAAUUCAACAUUUGUUUACAAAAAGAGAAGUAUCAGAAUCUCUGCUGAAUUUAAAGCAGCAAAUAACACAUGAAGCCAGUAUUUCAGAGAAGUCUCUCAAAGCAACGGAAGAAAAGAAAAAGAAAUGCAAGCUCCCAAAAAUAAGACACAGCUACACAUUCAAACAGUCUGUUGAGAACCUGCAUAAUGGAUUACCUGCCUACAGCAAUGCUGACAUGCGUCUACCUGACAUCACCAAGGACACGAUUACAGCAGAGAGCCUCAGCCGUGGAAUUCAGGACCUCUGUCUGCUAGGUGGCAAAUUCAGGAAAGGCGAAGGAAAUAAAUCUCAUGAGUCGAAGGAAAGUUCUACAGACAAGCAGACUCAUGAGCAGUUCAAAUGA